AUUGAAUGAAAAAAAUUUAAGAUGGCCGCUCACGAACCUGGUGCUAAGCAAAUAGAUGUAACGACUCUACCCAUUCCACACUUAAAUCAUUUAUCUCAACAGUUAGAACAGGUAGAAUUUGUUAUUUAAUUUUGUUGUUUAAGUGCUAUAUCUAUAAAAUAUAAAUGAAAGGACUGCUUUCAAGCUUAGUAAAUGAAUAAAAUAGCGAAACGAGAUAUGUGUGAAGCUUGAAUAAGUAGAUUAACUGCUAUAGAUCUAGUAUUGUUAUCAACCUUAAAGCCAGCGGCUGACAUGUCAACACUAAAGCUAUUAAAAAAACUGGAAAAAAAAGUCCGAUGCCAAUACAGAUAAGCUGCACAACGACAACACUUCAACUACAGCAUGAAAGAGUUCAAAAACUUCUUGGAAAAACUGUACCUUCAGAAAAAAAUUGAGAACUAUAAACUAUUUUUUUGAAAAAGGCUAAUUUGGAGAGACAGCACCCUGACGUCAUUUGCGCGUUUUGUCCCUGGUUCCGAUAGGGUCAUAAUCCUAGUUCCGAUAGGGUCAAAACCCAGGUUAGGGAUAUUUUUAGGGUUUAGGUUAUGUUUAGGGUUCAGCUUAGGCUUAGGUUUUUAGGGAUACAUUUAGGACAUAAGUUCGCGGGUUGCGGCAACCAAGAUAGCGGCCGCGAUACUAUCUCUCCAAAUUUACCCAAAAAAAGUACAAUUUAUCACUUUUUCAUAAUUUUUUAAAAAUUUUUAAUAAACCCAAACUCUUACUUCUCGGACCCGAGUCCGAAUAGCCGCAGCCAUCAAAAUAAUCAUUAUAGUAUAUACACCGGGAAAAAUAUUAAAAAAGAUGACAGUAACGUCACCAAUUUGUGUGCACUUUUAAAAUAAAGGGCAGAUGAAUCCUACUAUGUUAACACGAAAUUGCUGUCAGUGGCAUCAUGGCCUGGAUUAUCUGAUUUAAAACAAUUGGGAAUUUUAGAAAAAAUGCUUUUCAGUUUGACAUCAGGCGCUGUCAGGAGAGCUGGUAAUACCAGUGAUAUGGAUGAAGUUGCUAAAUUAAGUGAUUAAUACUAGGGUUUGGGGCGAGGUUUUAGGUUUAGGAUAAAUUUUGUGUUGACCAUCAUUUUUGAUUUCAUGGCUGCUAUCUUGCACAAUUGCAGUGACAUUUAAAAAAAAAGAUGGCUGCAACAGAAAAAAAGUGGUGCUCAAACUGUCGUCCGGCCCUGAUAGUCUAAUUAAAUAGAGUUUUUCAACAUGAGCGAACAACUACAAUAGAAAUACACUAUCCCUAAAAAUAAAUAACAUGCACUAAGCUAUAGCAAACCAAGCGUACUAGUACUGUAUAUUCCAAAUUUACCAACAUUCCAGUAUAUAGAAAUCGGACUGAUAAAAUAUUAUCCAAAAUAUUCUAUAGUUCUAAAUCGAGGGUUAUUAACUCAUUCCCUCCGGCAGUGCUACUUCCGGACUUAAUUUAUUUUCCUGAGAAAAGGGAAGCAACUCAGUUUUGAAAUUGAUUUACAUUUUUAAAAUAUUUUUUUAAGUUGCUAAAUGUUAUUUAAUGUUAAUAAAUUAAGAACAAAUGCUACAAAAAAUGAAAAAGGGUUAAUAUAAAUAUACCAUUAGCGGGGAAAAAAAUAACAAACAAUGGCCAAAAAAAUCGAUUUUCGGCACCUUGGACGAACAAAUGCUACAUAUAGACGCGCCGUGCUAAAGCACACAGAGUUUUAAAGUGAAACAAGAUAGAAACUUCUGGUUUCUAAAUUAAAAUCUUGCAGAAAUCACGCCAUAGCCAGAAGUCUUGAGGGACGCGAGAUUUCAUUGCUAUUUUUAACUAAAAAUAAGAGAGAUGUGUCACAGAUUUUGCCGGCCCAAGUAUGUAACUAGCUAAUGGCCAGUGUUAUAGGCUGGUCUGAUAUCAAAUAGGCCAAAAAGGUCUAGCCAGCUGUAAUAAAUUUGACAAGAGCUUCUCACCCUAAGGGCAGUGAAGCCACCCACUGGAAUCACAACAAUCAGUGUAAAAGGAAUAUUGUGGGACCUGAACAGUUUGUGAAACUUCAUUCGCAUCAUAAAUAGAAUCUGACUCUCCAUAAAUUUUAUUCUGGGUAGAGUUGAAGAGUAAAGAUGUAUAUGAGAUGGGUUAUAGUAUAUUGGCAGAUUAGCUAACAUGUAAUGGUGGUUCAGCAAGUUCUGUUUCACAGAAUCCCCCCCCCCAGGAAUGUUUACAUUUAAAUCCGAUCAAAUUAUAGAUAUUGCAAACUUCAAAAACAACCAAAUAUGAAUAAGGCUAAAAUACAACCAUGUAAAUAAUUAUAACAUCAUAGAACAAUUCGGAAUUGUUUUUUAAAUGCAUGUAACAUCUAAGGGAUUUCAAAAUGGUUGCGUGUAUUUAAUGUCCCGAUUAUGGGACUAAAUAUUGGUAUAAAUAACAAUGUAAUUUAUGUGUGAAUAUGUAUUUACUUAUUGUCUGGUUUUUUUCUUUUAGGAAGUAGACUUUCUGACUAAUUCAAUAAACCAGCUAAAAGUUGCACAAGGCAAGUUUGCUGAAUCAGAAGAAUCAGUGUCCCAUCUUGGUUCUCCAGGAUCUGACAUACUCGUGCCUCUCACAGCCUCUGUAUCCUUUGUUGUGUAUUCAGACAUUGCAGCCAUUUAAUAAUAAUAUUAUUAUUAGAUACAGUUAAGAGUAAAAUUUUACAGGGCACAUUUUGUGUGAAAAGAUUAUUAUUUACUUUUAAUUUGUUUAUCUUAUUUAAAUUUCUGACUCUUCUUUAACUUCAAGAAAUAAUUUUAAAAAUAAUUUCUUAUUCAAAUAAAAGCAUUUUUUUUUAAUGAGUGCCUUUUGGGCUAUUGUAUUUUAUGAUUGAUCUUAACCUUAAUUCAGAUGUACGUGCCAGGAAAGCUCAGUGAUGAAAAUGAUUUGUUGAUAGAUAUAGGAACUGGAUACUUUGUAUCAAUGGUAAGAUCAUCAUUUAUCAUUUUAUUGCAAACUAUGCUGUCUCAAUCAUUAAUUUUGAAACAAACACUGAAUUAAUUAAGCCUAAAAUAUAUUUUUAAAAAACCCCAUUAAAAAUGUGAUUGGACUAUUUGUUUAACAAGCAAUGUGUCAGUCACAAGAGAACAUUAAAAAAGCUGGAAAAUGCUCAUCAAAUCAAAAUGUAUAUGUAUUAACAGAGUAAAGAAAAGGCACAGGAUUUCUUCAAGAGGAAAAUCGAUUAUGUUACCAAAAACAUAGAAAAGGUACAACCUGUGCUACAAGACAAAUAUAGGUCAAAACAAGGUAUGUUCAUUUAAAACAGUCUUUUUAUGGUAGAUACAGUUUUUAAUAUUUAAAAUUUUUUUUGGGAAUGUCCAUUUUUUUUUGUUCAUUUAUAAAAGCAUUUAAUACCGGUAAUUAGGAUGCUUUUUCAAUAUUUCUUAAACAGAUAAAUAAGAAUUGAAGUUGUAAAUUUUUGUUUCAAUUAUGGUAUCGUUUUAUUUAUUUAUUUCUCUAGUUAUCACGGAAGUUAUGCAAGCUAAAAUACAAGCACAACUGGCAUCAAAUCCACCCGGAGCAAAAACUGCUGUACAGUAGAGUUUGCAUUUAGUGGCAUGAACUUAAAGCAUGUGUAUUUAGUGUGUUAGUCUUAAAGUUUUACUUGCAAGUGUUGAUUACAAAUUGUCAUUCAAAAUGUUCAGUUUUUAAGGGUUUUGAAAAUAGAAUGCUUAUUAUUGAAAUAUUUAUAAAACUUUUAAAAAGGAUUUUUUGCUUUGUCCUUUUGAAUACACUCAUGUAUAUUAACUACUUGUAGUUGCAUUACAAAUUACAACGGUUUUCUCUUGUAUGCACAGGCAAAUAAAAUACACUGUCCAGUAAAUUUAAUUUGAAGAUUUUCAAAACAUAGAAUAAAUGUAAGCCAACAGAUAUAAUUAAACUGCAUCUCUAUACUUCGUCUUUAAAAGUAGAAUGAAUAUAUUACUAAUAUGGGGUUUAUAAUUUAUCAAGUUUCACUUUACAUUAACAAGUCUAUGCUUGGUUAAAAUAUUUUACUUUUUGAUCCACCAAAUAUAGAAAUUUGAAUGGUGGUUUUUUUUGAUUGCUCAUGUACUUGCAGAAAGAAAACUAUAAAUGUCUCUAUGGGAAUUUUAUAGUGUGAUUGUUGCCAACUUGUUUAUAAUGCUCUAAUUUCUAAAUGGUUACUUAAAAACUGUUUUGUUUUUGUGGAGUAAAUGAAAGAUUUUAAUUUGAAAUUAUUUUAUAUGAAUACAAGUUCUAUGAGUAGUGUGAAGGAUGUUAAGCAAUUUUUUUUCCUGCUGUUUAUACACUAGCCUACAGUAAUGAAUGAACAAGAGGUAUUAUUUGUCUAGUGAGUGUUAAAUUUAGUUAUACUAUACAUUUAUAAAAAUUAAAUAAAAAGGAUAUAGGCUGUAUUAGUUAAUAUGGUCAAAUUACUUUUUACCAAAAAUAAGAUUUCCUAUAAAAAAAAUUUCAUACAAAAUUAGCAAUUUUAUGCUUUUAAGAAAUUGAUGUUUUCCUAAAAGUUACACAGAUUUGCCAAGUUAGAUCACAUCACUAAAUAAAUGUUGUUUGUUUUCUAAGCUCUUCAGCUUUUAAAUUAUAUCAAGCGAUAUAUUAAAUGAAUAAAUCUUUGUUUUAGAAAAACUCUAAUCUUUGCUGGCUGCUUGUUUUAAAAAUUAAAAUUAUUUUUAUUUAUUUUCAUUUGAUUUCAAUUUCUUUAAUAAAAACAAUAUUUUGUAUAUUUUAUUCCUUUAAAUAAAUUUGUAAUACACAAGAGGCCUUCAUUUAUUCAUUUCUUUUGCUUUUGUAUAUUAUAACAUCUGCUGAUUGAAGUUAAAAUAAAUUUUAUUUAAUGCUGUUUAUAAUUGUCAUAAUUUAUUGAAAUUUUAACAAAACCUUCAACAUUACGUACCGGUACAGUAAUAAAAAAUACUGUUGUCAAUCACCAUGUUAACUUUAUAUUACUAAAUAAUU